GUAAAGGAGCUGAUGCCGCUGGUCGUCGCCGUGCUGGAGAACUUGGACUCGGUGUUCGCUGUCAACCAGGAGCACGAAGUGGAGCUGGAGCUGCUGAAGGAGGACAACGAGCAGCUCGUUACCCAGUAUGAGCGAGAGAAGGCACUGAGAAAACACACAGAAGAGAGGUACAUCGCCUUGGAAGACUCCCAGGAUGGCGAGAAGAAGGAUCUCCAGUGUCGACUGGUGACGUUGGAAUCUCACACACGGCAGCUAGAGCUAAAAACUAGAAACUAUGCAGAUCAGAUUAGCAGAUUGGAGGAGAGAGAAGCAGAGCUCAAAAAAGAGUACAAUGCCCUUCAUCAGAGGCACACUGAGAUGAUCCACAGCUACAUGGAGCAUCUGGAGCGGACUAAACACCAACAUGCAGCGAUGACAGCAGAGCCCUCAGAUACAGGAACAUCAGUCAGGACACGGAAGGAGCGUCCAGUCUCCAUGGGCCUGUUCCAACUUCCUGCAGCUGAUGGCAUGACCCCUGACCUCCACAGAGAACCCGUGGACACCCCAUCUGAACCAUGGAGAUUCAACAACCUUAGCCAUCCACGGUCUAACACCAGCCUCAAGGAUGAACUGUCCCAACUGAACUGUGGGAGUUCCAGGUCCAACACGCAAACCAACCAGGGAAGCACACCAACUAAAGGCGGCGUAGAGAAUCUAGCAUUCGACCGCAACACAGACUCUCUGUUUGAGGAGCUGUCGUCUGCAGGAAAUGACCUCAUAGGAGAUGUGGAUGAAGGAGCUGACCUGCUGGGUAAGAAGUCUCACUCUGUCAGGAGUAACGAUAGUGAUGUGCCUACAGCACAGAGGAAGCGCUUCACCAGAGUGGAGAUGGCCAGAGUGCUGAUGGAGAGGAACCAGUACAAGGAGAGACUCAUGGAGCUGCAGGAGGCCGUCAGAUGGACGGAGAUGAUCCGGGCUUCAAAGGAGAACCCAACUCUUCCAGAGAAAAAGAAGUCCAGCCUCUGGCAGUUGAGGUGUGUUGGGAGGGAACUCAGAAAUAUGGGUGGAGUGUUUUGGUUGAAACAAGCGCCAGCUGAUAGUGUGGUAUCCAGGCGAGAACAGAAGAGGGCUCAAUACCAGCAGGUCAAAGCCCACGUCCAGAAGGAGGAUGGCAGACUGCAGGCGUACGGCUGGAGCCUCCCUAAGAAGUACAAAGCUAACGGUGGUCAGGCAGAGAGCAAGAUGAAGAGUCUACCUGUUCCUGUCUUCCUCAGACCGCUAGAUGAGAAAGAUGCUUCUAUGAAGCUGUGGUGUGCUACCUGUGUGAAUCUUUCUGGAGGUAAAACCAGAGAUGGAGGUUCAAUCGUCGGGGCCAGUGUGUUUUAUAGUGACGUGUCAGGACCAGAGAGCCCGAAAAAGAAGAUUGGAUCUCAGAGCAGUCUGGAUAAGCUGGAUCAAGAACUCAAGGAGCAGCAGAAAGAGCAGCGGCACCAGGAGGAGUUGUCGUCACUCGUGUGGAUUUGCACCACCACCAAGUCUACUACUAAAGCUGUCGUCAUUGAUGCCAACCAGCCUGGGAACAUCCUGGAGAGCUUCUUUGUUUGUAACUCUCACAUCCUCUGCAUCGCAAGCGUGCCAGGUGCGAGAGAGACAGACUACCCAGCUGGAGAAGAAGUGCCUCCAAACUCUGAGGUGGGACCGGUGGGAGAUGGCAACUCUUCAGCAACCAGUACCAGCUCAACAGGUGGCGAUAGCGUGCUGGGAGGCAUCACAGUGGUGGGCUGUGAAGCUGAGGGAGUAACAGCUGUUCCUCAGACAGCAGGAAAAGAUGGAGAAGCCGAAUCCAGACCAGCGGAAGAAGCCACAGAGGCGACAGAGACCAGUGCAGAAUCUGCUGACCAACGAGAAAGCCUGCGGGAAAUCUACACUGAGCACGUCUUCACAGAUCCACUGGGAGCUCAGCACAAAGUAGAGAUGCCAGCCAACUACUCUCAGAGGGAGAGCGAUCUGCUGAAGGAUGGCGUGAGCUUGAACCCCAGCGCAGAGGAGCAGGACCUGAUGAGAGAAGAGGCUCAGAAAAUGAGCAGUGUUCUUCCCACUAUGUGGCUGGGCGCACAGAAUGGAUAUGUGUACGUGCACUCCUCCGUGGCUCAGUGGAAGAAGUGUCUUCACUCUAUAAAGCUGAAGGACUCUGUGCUCGGCAUAGUACACGUGAAAGGGCGUGUGCUAGUCGGCCUCUCUGAUGGCACGUUAGCCAUUUUCCACAGAGGUGUAGAUGGACAGUGGGACCUGACAAACUACCAUCUGUUAGACUUGGGGAGGCCUCACCACUCCAUCCGCUGCAUGACAGUAGUGCAUGAUAAGGUGUGGUGUGGCUUCAGGAACAGGAUCUAUGUGGUGCAACCUAAAGCCAUGAAGAUAGAGAAAUCAUUUGAUGCCCACCCUCGUAAGGACAGUCAGGUACGUCUGCUGGCCUGGGACGGCGACGGUAUCUGGGUGUCCAUCAGACUCGACUCCACCCUCAGGCUGUUCCACGCUCACACCUACCAGCACCUCCAGGAUGUCGACAUCGAGCCCUAUGUCAGCAAAAUGUUGGGCACGGGCAAACUGGGCUUCUCAUUUGUCAGAAUCACGGCUCUGAUGGUGUCGUGUAACCGUCUGUGGAUCGGAACUGGCAAUGGCGUUAUCAUCUCCAUCCCUCUGACAGAGGCCAGCAAGGUUACCAAGGCAGCUGGUAACCAAGCAGGAAGUGCAGUCCAUGUUUAUGGUGACGACAGUGGCGACAAAGUCACAGCAGGGACGUUUGUCCCGUACUGCUCCAUGGCUCACGCUCAGCUCUCUUUCCAUGGUCACCGUGAUGCUGUCAAGUUCUUCACAGCUGUUCCAGGUCACGCAGCUCCAUCUGCAUCGUCUGCAGGAGAAGCAGCUGCUGACAAGGCGGCAGAUGCCACAACUCAGGAAGGAACUAAGUGUAUGCUGGUGAUGAGCGGAGGCGAAGGCUACAUCGACUUCAGAAUGGGCGAUGAGGACGGAGAGAUGGAGGAGGCGGAGGACGCCCCCAUCAAACUUCAGCCUAAAGCUGAGCGCAGCCACCUUAUCGUUUGGCAGGUGACUCAGGACUGAGCUCUCGAGGCCUGAUUUGCCUUUUCUCUCAAACCACGGAGUCGUCGAGGUGGGCGAGGCUCCUCUGCGAGUUUAAUCAGCACUUUUUCUUCCUCAGUCCUGGACAGAAAGAGUAAAACAAGCAAAAACUGCUCUGAGCUCCUCCUCAACGUUAACCUUGAUGCAUGUUGUUUUAUUAUUGUUUUCUUUCUUUUUAAUUUCAUGGAUUUGAAAUGUAAUCUGUUAUAAUGCCUCUUUUAGUAUUAUUUAAUGUAAAGCGGUUGUUGAGGACAGAAGAAUUACUUUUGAUUUGUUGUAUUUGACAUUUCCAGGUUCCCUUCAUUCAGUCCAGUUACUGUGUGCCCAUGCUGGACUCGGCAUAUGUAAAAUCGGUCAAUGAAAACACAACAGAAAGUGGCCACAUAAGUGACACUCUUUAAUAGUGUAAAAUGAAAAGCUUUCAUUUGAUAACUUUGCUUUUGAAAGUCUUUAGGUCAAAUGCAAUACACCACAUAUCAAGCUGGUUUGUGUCUGCUUUGUUUAUCUAUCCUAAUAAUCAAUUUGCAGUAAUGGUAGCCCAGUUUGUGCCUCGUGUGUUGCCGCUACAUUCAGGCCACAGAUCUGCACCACGCUGCAGAACCGAGCCCUGGAAAAAAGAGCCCAUGUGGAAGCACCAAAGAUUGUAGUUCUUCUAAUGGCCACUAGAGGUGCCACAGACUUUAAUGUUAUUAUUCCCAACUUCACCCAUGAAUAACUUCGAAGCCUGUACAGCAGAUUAGUCCGUUCAACACAAACACACACAAUCAGUGUUUUUUUGUUUG